AAGAACUUGCAAUACUUUUUGGUGAGUUGGAAAGAAGCUUCUAGGGGACUUUAUGGAACAAGUUGCUUGUGCAACAGAUGAACACUUCAAGCAUUUUCUUUUCUUUCAAUUUUACAUCUCUUCUUUAGGAAUAUAAAAACAUUCUUGCUUGAAUGAUUUUAUCGCACAGAAUUAUCCAAAUGUAAGCACCUUUUAUGCUAAACAGGAAAAUAGUUCCCUUUGAUUGUUUGGAUACUUGACAAUGAUGGAAAUGAAGAAUGCUACUUCUUUUGCAAAAUAGUUGAAGUGUAUGCGUAUGACUACUUCGGUAGCACGUAUAAGUGCAUAUGCAGAUUUCUGUAGACAGAUUUGGAUAUGAUAAUAAAAAUACAGGAUUCUCCAAUGGGAGUGAUUUUUAAUUCUCCUCUGCUGGUGAAAUGCCCUAAUGAGUUUAGAUUGUUGCUCUCCUACAGAUGUAGUUUGAUAUGUAGACAAAGGUUAAACUGAGGUUCAUAGGUUAGUUGGAGAAAGCUGAUGAGGUGAUCUGCAAGGGCUAGUGCUUCAUAAGACAGUUCACAAAUGUAUGCAGAUAUAGACUUAUAGUAAGAAGGGGUAACAUUCUUCCCUCAUUGAAAUGGUUGGGAAAAUAGUUUAUGCUACACAUAUUUACCAACCAUGCAGAUUGUGGUGGUUUUCAACCACACUUUUUGCACUAAAACACGUAGAGUAGUUUCACAGACCAAUGAGCUUUGAAGGAAAUAUAUGCUCAUGUCGGUGUCUGUCAAAAGUUCCAUUUCUAGAUCAAAUUUCCUCCACCAAUAAGUGUAAUGGCAUCUUCAGUUAGAGAGUUGACGUACAAUGGUGAAGGAAAAAUUCAAGCAGUAUUUUCCAAGUUUGUAUGGGAAAAGAGCUUUCUAUGAGAAUGUGAUGUUUCUGGUGUGGAAUAUUCAUUGAGUUGCAACCUACUCAUUGAAUUUAAAAUUUGCUCUGUUUUAAUUAUGACAAGUGAAAUUGAGACAUAUCAUGUGCUGGUUGACAUAGGUCCUGGAGAAGCUUUUUGCAAAACAUAGUGUAGGAUUGAGCGCUUACCACCUUCCCCAAGCUCUAGCUUUUAGCAGAGGCACAACUUCAACUCCUUGUAUUGUAGCAGCCCAAGCGCCAUGGGUAGAAGGAAUCUGGGCAAGAUACUGGUUCACCUAGCCAGCAAAACCCCCCAACCAAGCACCUGCUAGGGAUUUGAAACCAUGAGCCUGGUUUUUGAUGUCAAUUACAGGAUUAAGCACUUACCACUGUGCCAAAAGGGAGCUCUACAGUAAUAACAUAAGUGGACCAGUUCCUGGUGAUCUUGGAAACUUGACUAACUUGGUGAGCUUGGAUCUUUACUUGAAUAGUUUUACUGGUCCCAUCCCAGAAAGUUUGGGCAAGCUAUCAAAAUUAAGAUUCCUUCGGCUCAACAACAACAGCUUGACGGGUCGCAUUCCUAUGUCAUUGAUUAAUAUUUCAUCACUUCAAGUGUUGGAUCUAUCAAACAACCGUCUCUCUGGAGUUGUUCCCGAUAAUGGUUCCUUCUCAAUGUUCACUCCCAUCAGUUUUGCUAAUAACUUGGACCUAUGUGGGCCGGUUACUGGGCAUCCCUGCCCAGGUUCUCCUCCAUUUUCACCUCCUCCGCCAUUUGUCCCACCACCCCCAAUUUCCUCACCAGGUGGGAAUGGUGCAACUGGAGCAAUUGCUGGAGGAGUAGCUGCUGGUGCGGCCUUACUAUUUGCUGCUCCUGCAUUAGCAUUUGCUUGGUGGCGUCGUAGGAAACCUCAAGAAUUCUUCUUUGAUGUACCAGCUGAGGAGGAUCCUGAAGUUCAUCUGGGACAACUUAAAAGGUUUUCACUGCGAGAAUUACAAGUUGCAACAGAUAGUUUCUGCAACAAAAACAUUCUUGGUAGAGGAGGAUUUGGCAAGGUUUACAAAGGACGUCUAGCAGAUGGCUCAUUGGUAGCAGUAAAGAGACUGAAAGAAGAGCGUACUCCAGGAGGGGAGUUGCAGUUUCAAACAGAAGUAGAGAUGAUAAGCAUGGCUGUGCAUCGAAAUCUCCUUAGAUUACGCGGGUUUUGCAUGACACCAACUGAACGACUCCUUGUUUAUCCAUACAUGGCAAAUGGAAGUGUUGCAUCAUGUUUAAGAGAGCGCCCACCAUCUCAACCUCCUCUUGAUUGGCCAACACGGAAGCGAAUUGCAUUGGGAUCUGCUAGGGGUCUAUCUUAUUUGCAUGAUCAUUGUGACCCAAAGAUUAUUCAUCGCGAUGUUAAAGCUGCAAAUAUUUUGUUGGAUGAGGAUUUUGAGGCUGUUGUUGGGGAUUUUGGGUUGGCUAAAUUGAUGGACUACAAGGAUACUCAUGUCACUACUGCUGUUCGUGGUACAAUAGGACAUAUAGCUCCAGAGUACCUCUCUACUGGAAAAUCAUCUGAAAAAACUGAUGUUUUCGGGUAUGGAAUCAUGCUUCUGGAGCUAAUUACUGGACAGAGGGCUUUUGACCUUGCUCGGCUUGCAAAUGAUGAUGAUGUUAUGUUGCUUGAUUGGGUAAAAGGACUUCUGAAAGAGAAGAAGUUAGAAAUGCUGGUGGAUCCGGAUCUCCAGAACAAAUACGUAGAAGCCGAGGUGGAGCAGUUAAUCCAGGUGGCACUGCUCUGUACACAAGGGUCGCCAAUGGAACGGCCUAAAAUGUCGGAAGUGGUACGAAUGCUCGAAGGGGAUGGCUUGGCGGAGAGAUGGGAUGAGUGGCAAAAGGUGGAAGUUCUCCGGCAGGAUGUGGAGCUAGCACCUCAUCCUAAUUCUGACUGGAUUGUAGACUCAACAGAAAAUCUGCAUGCAGUAGAGUUAUCUGGUCCAAGGUGACAUUGGCAGAACCACAAGUAAAGAAGAAAUACUCACUACUUUUUUUUUUUUUAAUCAUAAUUUUAUUUUCUAUCUUUUUUUAAUAUUUAAUUUUGGCUUUUUGGGUUGCCAUUUUGAUUUGAUGAACAUUUCACAUCCUGAUUUAAGUCUCCUUUGUAAGUUCAUAUUGCAUUGUAUUCAUUACAUUUGUGCAUAUGAGUCGGUUGUUGAGAUGAAAAUUGGUGUAAUCUUCUGAGAUUAUUUGUGUUUUUUGUAUGGAUGCGGCUGAGGCAGUUCAAUCUUUUGCUUGCUGCUGCUUCAUUUACCCUCGUUAAUUUAAUUCUACUGUCUCUCUCUCUCUC